AAAAAAUAAAAAAAAAUAAAAAUCAUGGAUCAAGAAAAACUGGAUAAUUUACCCACUAUACAACAAGUUAAAAUGCGAAAGAAGCCCGGACGUAAACCAAAUCCUGCUUCUCCAGCUCUUCGUAAAGCACAAAACAGAGCAGCUCAAAGAGCUUUUCGAGAACGUAAGGAACGACAUAUGCGAGAAUUAGAAACAGCCAUCAAACAAAUUCGGGAACAAAGGGAUAAACUACAUGUAGAAAAUGAGCAACUAAAGGCAGACCAGGAAAUUAUGCGUUCUGAAAAUUGGUAUCUUAAAGGAAUUGUAUUGACUUUACAACUUGUUUGUUUUCAGCAUAAUUUAGUUAUUCCUCAACAUGGUCCUUAUAUUAAUGAACAGGCUCUAUCAGUUUUAGCACAAUCCAUUCCUGAAUCGAUAUCUGCAUAUAUUAAUGUGAAUGCAAGUAAUAAAUUACCUAUUCCUUCAAAACUUUUUGGAUAUAAGCAUACUAUUAAACAACGUGAUCGAUAUUUGUCUACUGGAUCUAUUGUUAUUACUAAAGAAGGUGUUCAUUCUGUACCAGACCAACACACUUCACAACAGAUACCAAUUAUUUCAAAAUCAGAACUUUCUCCUCAUCAAUGUACUAGAACCCCAGAUAGUAUGUAUGACGAUUUGGAUAUUCCCAUUGAAAACUCUGUACACCCGUUACAGCAACAAGAUGAGGAUACUAAUAUACCCCCUCUUUCACCAAGUUCUACUGGAUCAGAUUGUGAAUCACACUAUCAACAACAACAACAACAACAACAACAGCAGCAGCAGCACAUACCUUAUCCAGCUAUAUUAACAGAAGAACCACUUACUUCAAACCUUGCUGCUAUUCAAAUUCUUCGUUUAAGACUUCGACUUCAGUCAGCAUGUAUUAGCAUGGAUUCUAUACCAUUUGCUAUUCAACCAACAUUAUUACAGCUUACAAUUCCUCAUGAUCCUCGUAUAGAUUUAAUUCCUACACCUCAUAUGCGCGAUAGAAUGAUUCUAUUCAGAGAUCAAUUUGACUUGGAUGAUUGUUUCCGUUGUUUAUUGAGUUAUUCUGUUUUCCAUGGUGGAGAUCCAGCCAUUGCAGCGAAUUGGCAAUUACCUCAAGAAUUUUUUGAAAAAUAUUGGUUUUUAACAAUUGACUACGAUCUUCGUCGUACUACAAAUCAUUGGCGUCGACUUCAAGGCCUAAGUGAACUGGAUUUUAAUCAACAAAAAGAACAUCAACAAGAGGAGAUAAGGAAAACUCAACAGCAACAACAACAGCAACAACAACAGCAACAGCAACAGCAACCGUUUUUAGAGCAUCAAACAGGUCAUUAUUCAUCUAAUAUUGAUAUUUCAGCUCUUUUAGGUAUUGAUUUUUGUAAAAUUCAACAAAAGCAAGCUAAGGAUGUCUCUGCUACUUCUCCAUCAUCGUCAUCAUCAUCAUCUUCUUCUUUUAAGAGUUCUACAACAAUACAACAGCCUUCUUCACCAUCUGACGUUGAAGAAGACAAUCAUUCGGUUUCUUCUUUUGAACCUGUUCGUCUAACGAAUGGAUAUUCAUUUACAUAUCCUAAUAAAAGACCAUCAACUACUCACCUAAAACCACAACGACAUCAUCCCUAUCAACAUGCCUUUGAAAAGGAACUAACAAAUAAGACUCUUAAAGAAAGGCAAACAACUCAGGAAAAUACCUGUAGUCCUCUGGAUAUACUCAUGACAAAUUUUAACACACAAUCAAAUCAAGCUUAUAGUAUUUAAUUAUAUAGAACUGACCAAUAUAGCUCUUUUCUCGUCUAUCUAUUAUUCAACAUAGAUUUGUUAUUAUAAUUGAUACAGAACACGUUUAUUGAUUUCUAUGUAUAAUUUUUUUUCUUUUUUGUAUUUAUUCAUUUUGCAUUCAUAUAUUUAAAAUAAAUUCUUCUUCAUUUUGUAUAAAAUU